AGCUGUGAAUGAAGCCUACCAGUCGCGCUACUCCCAGGAGAAUGUGGCGGUCAUGCCAGGCCUGGGGGGAGGGGGGCCCGGUCAGUCGUCCGGGGGACCCCCGCCCGGUCACCACUCGUCGGUGGACCCCAUGGGGCCGUCCCCCAUCAAGAGGCCGCGGCCCGGGGAGAGAACGGACCUGUCUCAGCCGCUGCACGUGGAUGUGGAAGUGAAACGGGAGCCGGCGUACACGCCUCAGGUGGAGGCUAUCUCUCCCAUCCUGCCAGCCGAGGACCCGGCCAACAAGCUCCUCAAGGAUGAGCUACUGGCCAGCAUCGACAAGGUGGACCGGGAGAUCGUCAACGUGGAGCAACAGAUCUCCAAGCUCAAGAAGAAGCAGGCCCAGCUGUUGGAGAACCAGGCCAAGCCCCAGGAGGAGAAGGUGGAUGACGCCGUGUCGGAGCCCAAGCACCAGAGCAUUGCCCAGAUCAUCUACGCCGAGAACAGGGCACAAAGAGUUCCGAGGCCGACUGAUUUUGCACAUGAAACGACGGCAUCAAGCUAGGAGGAUUAGGAGGAAAAGAGGCCAAGAUGAGAGAGUUUUAUGAGAAAGUUUUUCCCGAGAUCAAGAAGCAGAGAGAGGAAAAAGAAAGCAAACAAGGCACACGCAGCGGGACGGGCGGGUAUGUGAGGAGCGAUGCGGAGAUGGAGCAGAUCAUGGAUGGACUCACCGAGCAGGAGGAGGAGGAGAAGAAGAUGCGCAGCCUGUCGGUGAUCCCCCCCAUGAUGCUGGACGCGCGGCAGCGGAAGAUGCGCUUCGUCAACAACAACGGCCUGCUGGAGGACGCCAUGGAGGCGCAGAACUUCCACCACUCGUUCAACGCCGCCUGGACCGACGUGGAGCGGCAGAUGUUCAAGGAGAAGUACCUGCAGAACCCCAAAAACUUUGUCGUCAUUGCCUCCUUCCUGCCACAGAGGAGUGUCGCGGACUGUGUUCACUUCUAUUACCUGACUAAGAAGAGGGAGAACUACAAGCAGCUUCUUCGCAAGCAGAACAUGAAGCGAAAGAGGAACAUGCCGAAAGCACAGCAAGAGCAGCUGAGGCAGCAACAGCAACAGCAGCAGCAACAACAGCAGCAGCAGCAGGAGCAGCUCCGACAGCAGCAGGAAGAGACGGUGGGCCCACCGCCCCCGGUCAACGCCGGCACGGGCAAUAACAACAGCGGCAACGGCAACAGCUCUGCCGUCAAAGUGGAGGUGAAGGUGGAGCCGGGCGUUGAGGAGAGCCAGGGCAACGUGGGCGAGGGUGUCGGCCCCGACGGGGUGAAGAAAGAAGUGAAGGAGGAAGAGAAGGAGAAAGAAGGAGAGGCGGACAUCUCAGAGGGAGAAGUGGCAGGUACUGAGGCGGAAGGAGGCGUCCACAACUGUGCCGUGUGCAAAGUGGAGCUGGCCCACUUUGGCCUGAGCCGACCUCUGACCUCGGUGAACUGCGAGCAGUACAACAUGGCCGCCGCCGACCUGCAGCCGGAGAUGAGGGUGUGCAGCUCGUGUCGGUGCCGCACCGUGCGCAAACGCUUCUCGCACUGCCCCAUGCCGACCUGCCGCACACCGAAGAGGAAGACGAAGAGACUGCGGCCCGUUCCGGCUAAGUGGCCCCAGCUCCCCGCUGACCAGAAGGCUGCCAUCAUGCAGGAGUUUCAACUGCAAGAGGACAUCUCCAAGUGCUGCUCAGCAUGUUUCAACCGCUUGUCGCGCCGGCUGGAGGCAGAGACCAGUGUGACUUCUGCUGCCCCUGACGUGUCCGCUGGGCUGGCUGAGAGUACCUGUGAAGAUUCUAUUGAGAAUUCCAGAUGGACAGAAGAAGAAAUGGACAAAGCAAAGAAAGGUCUGCGUAAGCACGGGAAGGACUGGACGGCCAUCGCCAACCUGGUGGGCUCGAAAACCGAGGCCCAGUGCAAGAAUUUCUUCUUCAACUACAAGAAAAAGUUCAACCUGGAGGCUAUUCUGGAGGAGCAUAAGGACCCUACGGGCGACCGGCGCACGACCUCGACCUGCGAGAGCAUCACGUCCACGGUGACGGCCAACUCGGAGGAGGAAGUGUCGCUGAGCGACGACGAGAACGACGAGGACAACGGAGAGGACAGCGACACGGCCAGCGCCCCCAGCCCCAACCCUCUGAGGAUCGAGGAAGGCGAGGGAGAGACCGUGGCAGAACAGCGCACCACGACCCCACGGGAGGGGGCGGAGGCGGAGGGCCCCACCUCGGCCGCACCAAUCAGCACCCUGUCGGAGAACAACAAGCAGCUGAGCGCUUCGCAGGGCAGCCUCCGCAGCAUCGACAACGACAGCAGCGCCACCAUGAGCGCCGACGAAGGGCCCCCUGGAGGUUCCGGCAGCCACGCGGCGCACCCCAGCGGCUCGGAUCGGGGUCAAGGUCACCCGGGGGUGGGUCCGCCGGGCCCCCCGACCGCCUACAGCCAGGCCCCCCUGGAGGUGUCUCAGCGGCGAACCCCGCCCUCGUUGGGACCGGCCGUGGCUUCGUCUCGCGGGGGCACGCCGCACGGCUCUGUGCCCUCACCUUUCCCCGUUCCCAGCCAAGGUCACGGCCCCGUGACGCAGUCUGGCAUGCCGCCGGUCGUGCGAGCGAGCCCCGUCACGGGCAUGGGCAGACCUCCGUCAGGGGAAGUGCCCGUCAUCAGAGAGCUCCCCCAGCCGACGGGCGCCACAGACUACCAGCGACUGAUGACGUAUGGCUCCCACCUGGUGCCCGAGCCCCAUGACACCCGCAUGUCCCCCCGGCCCACCUCGGCCCACUCGGAGGGGGGAGGGGGUGGUGGCGGGGGCACCGCGAGUGGAGCGGUCUCGGGACGGAUGACCAGCUCGCCGCACGCCGCGGGGAAGAGCCAGGCGCGCCCGCCCUGUGUACGGGACCUCAUCCACUCGGCCAUAGAGCGCAACCUGUGCGAGCCGCCUCAAGCGCAGCAGGAUAAGCGUGCAAUGAUGGACCCCAACCGUGCUCGUGGCUACACACCUCAGGACCUGCGCAAAGAGCGCCGCGACCCCCCACACGUCUCUGACCCCCGCAGCGUACUCGGGUACCCGGGCCUCCCCCGCCCUCCGCCCGACCGCGAUAUGGAGGUACAGGACCUCUCGUGGCGCGGCGAGCCCUUGGACAAAGGCCCGCACGGCUACAAAGGCAACCCCCGCGACUUUGACGCCCUGAGGACGCGGCCAGACGCCUACCAGCGCUCGACAGCCGAGCCCACCAGGCACAUGGGCGCCCCACCCCCGGCUCACUCGCACCACCACGCUGGCGUGUCGGGUCACCCCGCCGCCCAGGAUCUGGCUAAGCAUCGGCCCGACAGCAGGAACAAGUCGCCUUCCAUGUACCAGGUGGAUUCAAGGUCGCACUCGCCCAACGUCCGCGGCCCUCCCAGCCAGAGUUCCUCCCCCUACCCCCACGGCAUGGAUCCCUCGCGCUACUCCCCGGCCGGCCGCAUGCCCCCCGUGCCUCCGCUCAUCACCAACAGCGGUCAGAGGUCGUCGCCGAAGCAGGCGCGCUCCCCUCCCUCCAGCUCGCACAUGCUGAUCCCCGGCUCGAUCACCCGUGGGACCCCCGUGUCCCACCACCCGUCGGUCCCGCCCGCCCCGUCCCACCCCAUGGCCAGCAUGGUGCGCCAGCCCGUGUCCGCGCCGGCGCAGCAAGGCUCCAUCACCAAAGGCACGCCCGUGCGGGAAAUGGGCCGUGCGGGGCUUCCGGGGACGACUGCCGGCCAGGAAGGAGGAGGUGGUCCGAGAAUGCCGCUGGACCCGAGCUACCGUGGCCCGCACGGUGGUCCGGCAGUGUAUGAGGGUGGCCAGUACCGUCAGCAGCAGCAGCAACAGCAGCAGCAACAACAACAACAGCAGCAGGCGGUGUACGCGAAGCAGGGCCAGUACCCGCCGCAAGGCUCGCCGUACUCGCAGGCGGAGCCGAACCUGCCCUACAGCUCGCGGGCCACCAUCAUGUCAGACUAUUACACCGCCCAGCAGAUGCCGCGCGGCCAGAAGGGUGAGCGGGAGGAAGGGCUGUCCCCGCGGGGGGGCGCGGGUCGCGACCUGACCCCGUCUCACCCGCACGCCCCGCCACAGCGGCAGCCGCAGCCCGGCGGCCUUGACCCCCGCCACCAGAUGGCGGUGGUGAGUGGCCAGAGCAUGGUGUACAUGAUGGGGCAGGGCGUGGAUGCGAGAGGCAAGGCAUCACCUCACAGCGCGCGCGACGACAAGCCACAGCCUUCCGUGUGGCCUCAGGGUAGCCGCGGCAUGCCGGGCCAACCGUUGCCGACACCGCUGGCCUUGGACCCCAUGGCCGCCCAGCGUCCGAGCAUUGUGGCGGGCACAGGGCGGCCCCCCGCGCACCACUCAGAGGGCAAGCCCCGGAAGACACCACGGCAUGCUGGGAAUGCCCAUGGACCCCAACCAGUCGCGGCGACUUUCUCCCGGCAUCCGCGGCACGCCCUACGACAAGCCCCCGCGCGCGGCCCAGUGGGAGCCGACAAUCAAGCGGAGGGAGUACGAGAGCAUCGCCGAGCAGCACAAUCGGUGUGUGAUCCUUGCCCACGAGCAAGAGCGUCGUCUGGCGGAAGCUGCCCGGGCCUCCGCCGUCUCUCAAGGUCACCCGGGGCAGUCGCUGGACCCACGGGCCUACCCUGGCGGACGGCCGGACAGCAGAGAACAUUACCAAGGUGGGGACUCGAGGCGGCCAGACAUCCCGUCGUCUCAGGCAGACAGCUCUCGGCAGAUGGCAGACGCAGGGAACCAGCGCCCUCUCACUGACUCCAACUACGUGAGGAAGAAGCUGGCCGACAGCGGCUCGGCCAUGUUGCUCUCGGCCUUUCAGAGAGACAACGUGUCCAGCUCUCCGCAGCCUCCCUCUGUGAGCCAGUCUGGCCAGGCGGGUCGCAGCUCUCUGACGGCCGACAAACUCAUCAACGCCAUCAUCAUCCACCAGAUCAACCAACCCACAGCGGACGAGAGGGACGGAAAGCCCACAGCCUCACCCAUAAGACAAGCCACACCCAACACGUCGGAGCCCUCUGUCAGUUCCCACGGCGACCACCACCAGCCCGUGGACUCGUCCAACUACUCCAAAACCUCACAGCAUCAUUUCGACUCUCAGAGUCGCAUGAUGGUAGAAGCCGGUGGGGGCCGGGCGGAGGUGAUGGACCCGCGGCACCGCAUGGAGAUGAUUGACCAGAGACAGAGACAGCAGAUCGUGGAGCAGAGGCAGAGGCUGGAGGCUGUGGAGAGACAGCGGCAGAUCAUGGACCCUCGCUGCCACCGACAACAGUACGAGUACCAGCAGCAGCAGCAGCAACAACAACAACAGCACCAGCAGCAGCACCAGCAGCAGCAACAGCAGCAGCAACAACAACACCAGCGUCAUCUGGAGAUGGAGCAGCGUCAGCGUCAAGAGGAGUUCCCCAGACAGCAGCAUGAGCAACAGGAGCACCGACGCAGCAGCGGCGGGGAGAUGGAGCAUCACCGGAGAGGUAGGGCCGAAAUUGAAGUGGUCCGGCGCCCGGAUGUGAGCCACCGCGACAUGGAGGCCCGAGCCAUGGCAGGAAGCAGCUUCCGGCAGCAGCAGCACGAAGCCGAGGUGGAGCAACAGCAGCGGCGGCUGGAGUACGAGCACAAGCAGCGGCAGCAGCAGCAACAGCAUCAGCAUCAGCAGCAGCAGCAGCAGCGAGACGCGGCGUACAGACAACAGCAGCAGCAGCAGCAGCAUCAUCAGAUGGCCGACCCCAAGAUGAGGAUGAUGGCUGCGGCGGCCGCCGCUCAGGGAGAGAAUUGGCCUCAGCAGACGUCCUCACAGAGAGGUGACCACGGAGAGCGAGACAGCCAUCACGACGGAGCGGACAGCCGCAUGCGACAACAAGACGGGGAACCGCGGCCUCGCGGAGGUGGGAUGUCGGAGAACGAGUCUCCCCGCAGUGGGGGCGGAGGUGGCGGCGUGGGUGGAGGAGGAGGAGGUGGAGGCGGGAUCUCGGACCAGCGCGGUCGCAGCGGGAGUGGAGAGGGAGGCGGCGGCCCCCCGGACAUCCGUCCCAGCCACUCCUCGCCCAUGUCCUCCUCGGCUGCCGCGCACCCUGGGCCCGUGUCUUCGGCGGCGGCCGCCGGGGCAGCAGCGGGGGGAGGAGGCCACUCUGGCGCCGGGAUGAGCCGUAGUAGCGGCAGUGGUGGUGGUGGCCAGGAGGGGAAGAAGUACUCGGAGACCGAUGGGAUGACCUUGGAGGACGCCAUCGACGCGGCCAUUCAGGAGGACUACAGCGGUGGGAAGGCCAGUAACCCGGUCAUCCGCGUGGCUGCCUCGCCGUCCGUUCAGGAGAAGAGCUCCUCUCUGCUCACCCGCAUCCGAGACUCAGUCAUUGGCCCGGGUCAGCGGGAGUUCCGCGACUCGAUGGAGGCCCCGCCCCCUAGAGGAAGUCCUGCGGCGUCGGAACCGGGCAUGGUGGGAUCGUCGUCGGACUCGCGACCCCGCAGCUACACCGUGCCCUCCUCCCAGGGCCCCUCCCCAAACUGGAAGAAAUGGGACGUGACAGGUGAGAGAGGCUCAGGUCCGGUCGCGCCCCACGGGGGAGGAAGUCAGAGCGUGGACGGGAGCCCCGUGGCUUCCUCGUCCGUUGUGAGCCUGCCCAAGUCGAACCACCCGGGCUUCCCCCCUUCCCAUCCAUCGCAGCUACAGGCCCCGCCCCCUCCCGGCGCGGGGGUGGAGAGGGGCGGCCACGACCAGUCACGCUCCCCGCAGCCCGCCAUGCACUUCCACCCGCGCUCCUCCUCCGCGACCUCACACCAGGGGGGCCAGGGAGGGGCGACACACCAGGGCCUGCCUGAGGCCGCCUAUCCUUCCGCAGGUAUGCCGGCCGUAGACAGCAGUGGUUCGUCCCACAGCCUGUCAGAAAGCCCCAGCCAGAGCGUCUCUGGGCUGUCCUCCCUCGACCACAUGCAGAACAAGAUCGAGAAGGCGUUCCGCGAGGGCACAGCAGGAGGGGACACGCCAUCAUCGCACGGUGGCCGCGGGGCCAGAGACAAACCCUCGUCGUCCAGUCAGGCGACGUCUCACUCGUCUCCCCUGGCCUCGUCCACCUCGGGGAAAGUUCCGGGCUCGGCCGGGAACACGAGUGUGUCGUCCCCGCAGGAAAGUCUGUCAGCCCGCUACCCGGGCUCCUCGUCCCACGACCAGCACUCGGUCAGCUCUGUGCACUCGUCCGACCAGGCGGAAGAAGGGGCGGGGACGUCCUCCUCCUCGUCUGCGUCUUCGUCGUCGUACAGCCGAGGUAUCGCCGGUCAGGCGCCUGAGACGUCUUCUGACCCGGCGCUGUCGCCCUCGUCCAGCGUGCAGCCUCACGGCAGGAAGCGCGGGCUGGGACGUCCGCGUGGCAGCAGACAGGAUGACAUCGUGUCCCCCGCGGCCAUUUCCUCCUCCAUGUCCUCUCAGGGAGGACCCAAGUCGACGGGCCCCGCCCCCCACUCCAGCAGCUCAUCGAACCGAGAGCGGCCGUCCCCCAGCUCGGGUUCCAACGACGGCGGGAGCUCGCGGGGCAGCGGGCAGAAAUCGAGCCAGGGAGGUGACAGAGACAAGUCGGGUCGCUUGUCGGCGUACGACUUCCCCGACGAUAGCCCGGAUGACGAACCCGUCGGGCCGACCCCCAGUAGCUACAUGGCUCUGUCGGCCGCGGGGCGCGGCUCUCGCAAGUGUCCCGUGGACAGCUCGGAGGGGAAAGGUUCCUGGCAGGGCCCGGACACGCAGGCCGCGGAAGAAGGGAAAGGGGAGAAGAGCGAGGCGCAGGGGUUUGAAACCUUCUCCCCCACCACCCAGCCGUCAGACAGUGGGGCGGGCAAACCUCGUUCUCGCUACGGCAGUCGGGUGAGCAGCAUCGAGGCGGACCCUGGCACGGGCCUGCACUCCUCUGUGGACAGCACACGGCCAGACAAGACGGCCGGCGAGGACGGGGAGGCGGUGGACAGCUCUACGGGCAUCUCGCCCAGCGACCGCGGGAAACUGGCCAAGCAGCGCGGCGCGGCGCGGUCGGCCGUGGCCGCGUCCUCAGAAGGCUCGGCUCAGACCAGCUCGAGCGAGGCCGCGGGUCAGGGGUCGGAGGUCAGCGGGGGUUCGGUGGAGCCGGGCAGCGCUUCGAGCGGCGGCGGCGACUCACACCCGUACGGCCAGGGAGGCUGGAGGCACGCUCGGCCCGGACCCGACUCGGCGCUGGCGGAAGAUUCUGGAAGCCGGUCCAUUUCCAGCUCGGACCACACAGAGGGUGGGGCGGGUCACAGCGGCGGUGGGGGCAGCGGGGCGGGGGGAGGAAGCAGCAGCAGUGCCGCCAACAGCAGCACGCCCAUCUCCAGCAGCCUCAACUACAGCAGCGGUCAGCCCGUGGUGUCCAGCAUGAUGAGAGACCCCGACCAGGCCACCGUCUGUUCCCGUGACCAGGAGCCGCGCCCGUUGCUGGACUCGCGCUACGAGACGCUGUCGGACGACGAUGAUGUGUGACGACGAUGAUGUGUGAAGACGUGUACGUGUUCAGCAUGGGUGAAAGUUUAUGCCGGCCCGGCCGGUUUUUUAACCUUGAUAGACCUAGGACUGGCGAUUUUUUAGACUGGGGCCGGCACGUUCGUGUGUAAAAAAACGCAACACGCAAAACUAUGGUCUUGAAGCAGGACAGUAGUCCUGAACCUCCGUUCUUGGCCCAUGAAUGUGUUAACACCUGUUGUCUUUUUAGUAAGUGUGUGUUUUGUUGUCUUUUCCAUUUUACCUUUCUGUACGAUGACUUUCGGGUUUUAAAAAAUUCCCACUGGGAUCUUUUUCUCUGACCAUUGAAUGCAGUUGUUGAUUGAAAACACAUUUCUGUAAAAAUGAAUGUGAUGUCUGUUUGAGUUUGUUUGAUAAAAGUUUUAGGGGGCUCCCAUCUGCAUACGGUCAUAGGAAUGCACGGGACACAAGUUAGCCUACUUGAUUUUACUUUGGUUCACAGCACAACUUUGUUUUACUUUCUUUCCUUCUUUCCUGCCAAACAUCUGUCGUCCUUAUCUCUCCUCCUUCUUUUUUGUGUUUGU